GAUUCUCUGACCCUCACGUGUCUAGUGAUCAUACCUCAGAACAGGGACAUUGAUGCCGUACAGAGCAUAGUCUCUACAUGGAGUGGUCCGGAUAGGAUCGUACCAGGAGAUCGCGACACUGUUACUCCACUGAGCCAGUGUGGCCAGGGAAUGUACAUAUCUUUCCUCAGCACCAGUGGUCUAGUGGAGAGUGAAGACAGUGGGGAGUUUGUGUGCAGUGUGCAAGUUUCAGGCGUUGAAAACACUCUCCACAACGCAACCAACAGCGACACUAUUUCUAUCAAGUUUGGACCAACUACAGAAGAGACUUGUGGUCCAGAGCCGUUUGUUUCUCCAGAAAGAGGUGUUGUUAUUCUCACAGGUGUUGCUACAGGACUAGUGGCGGUGACAAUACUCUCUCUAACUGUCCUGACUGUGGUGAUUAUCAGGAGAAGGCAGUGGAAAAAGCAG